AUGAGGAUUGUCUCUCUGUUCGCACUAUCUGCGAGUCUUUCGCUGCUCGUCGCGGCCGGCUUAGCCGUAAGUUUCGACGAUCCUGGUAUCCUGAACGCUGUUGCUGCUGACGUGAAAGCGUCCGAGCCUGCCGACGCACUAGAACUGGCCCAUUCUCAGAUCAAGCAAGAGCAGGAAAAUCGGGGCUUAGUGCCUGUCGUUGAAGCAGCCGAGGCGUUAGUAGGCCAUGUAAUCGCCCCGUCCAAUCGGGUAGCCGAGUCAAGCAAGAGCGCACUUCUCAAGGAGCAAGGGGAGCUCGGGCGGCUUGUUCAUGGUCGCCAAUCCGUCGAGUCAGAUACAUCACGUGGCGUUAUCAAUGUGCAUCAUGAGGAAGACACAAGACUCAGCAGCGACAGCCAAUCCAUCAUGUCAGGCAAACGAGCCGAAGUCGUCGCAACGCAUCAACAGGGAUCUGUUGACCCUCGUUUCAACAAUGAGGAGUACAAGCUUGCGUGUUCCCUUGCUUCUAAACCUCAUCAUCGACCGUCAAUCGAUAAAUACGAAAAGUUGGCGCGGACGAUAGGUCCUUUCGCUACGAUGUUGAAGCUCCACGAGCGGACGGCGGAACCACAUUCACCAGAAGCGCAUCAAGAGAAUAUACUCGAAAUCGCGCAGUUCGCUUCCUGGUUCUUGAGUAAGAAAGACCCCGAGCUUGUUCGUGAGGAUGCACGGCGCGCUGAUGUGUCGGCGGAACAGCGCAAAAUCGCAGAGGCUGUUGCGAACGGCUAUGACAAGUUCAUCGUUGAGGCAUUUCGACAAGCCCGUGGGUAUAAACUUCCUCGUGCCGACAACGGCAAACUUGGCGAGAAUCCACUUUUUGCCACGAUAACGGAUAGUGAGUUCGAGGCCAUGCGUCAAAUGGUUCAAGAUGAUGUGACUAAGGGUCUUUUUUCAUAUAAGCCGUUGCUUAAGUCCCGAGGCAAUAUCGAAACUCAACGACAGAUCCUCCAGAUGAAAAUGACAAAAGGACUGGAGAAGGAAGCGGCGACUCUGCAGCGUCAACAGUUCUCCGAACGGAUCGUGAAACGUAUUGAACCUGAACUUGCUCGAGCACAAGCGAGUAGCACGUGUAGGUCGUUGCCUGAUCUCUUAUCCCUCUAUUCUGUGGUGGACCAGUAUGAGCAGUUCGUGAAGAAGAUUUUGGAAGAGGUCCACGGUCGUAAGCGCAAGCGUGACGUGCCCGUGUAUGAAUUAGACUAA